CUGUUUUGUUUUGAAUUCCCUAUAAUACGCGUUUUAUUUUGUAAUAAUUUGAAUUUAUUAAUUUAUACGAGAGUAUAUAAAAUGGAGAGUUCAUUUUUCGAGUAUCGGGACAAGACUGGUCUAGGGAGUGACUCGGACAGUGAAUUUAUUGACAAUAGCUUAGUGGCUGAUCAGUCUUUCACUCCUAGAAGAACACCAGCAGUAAAGAACCAGACUGUUUUCGUGGCGGAGUCCGCGGAGUCGGGCUCUGAUGAUGGCAGUGAAGAAGAAGACGUACCAGGUGUACCAAAAUUUACAGUCAAGAAAAGUAGCAGGGCUCGACCACAAGUUAUUUCCAGCAGUGAUGAUGACACAAGCAGGAGUAAUAGCAUCAGAAGAUCUUCACAGUUGGAGGUGUCAGCCAAUAAUGUUGUGCUGAGCUCCUCUGAGGAAGAGGAAGCCUCACCAGAAAUCCUUCCGAAAAGGCGACCGCCGAUGCGGCCGAAGUCUUCAGAAUCCGACACCUCCAUUAUUGGACGGAAGAAAAACAAGCGCAUGAUGCUAUUAGACUCAGACACCGAAAAUUCUAUAAUCAUAGAACACGAUAAGCAUAAAAAAAUGACAUGUCUCAAAGAUACACCUUUGAAGAUUGAUGGUGGCAAAACCGAUAUAUGUAAGAAGUUACAUAAUGUUAGCAUUAUGGAUCAGAGCGAGGAUAGUGACGCAAGUGAUGACGAAAAAGCUAAAAGUGAUGACGCAAAAGAUGACAGUGGUGACGAAGGCCAAAGUGAUGACGAUAAAGAUAAUACUGAUGACGAAAGUAGCCAAAGUGAGGAAGAAGUAAACCAUAGCAGAGAUUUGCAAGACAAUAAAAGUAAAGAAACUAAAACUACUGAUGUAGCCGUGCAAAGUAAUGACCCAAAGGUCCAAAGUGAAGAGGAAAAGGAACAAAGUGAUGACGACGUGGAAACUGAUGACGCUGGGGAUCAAACUGAUGAUGAUGACGGGCCUGAUGAAGACCAAAUGGUGAUGUCGCGGGCGACGAGAAUGAGUAUCAUGGGUGUUAUACCUAAAGGGGAUGAUGACAGCGACGAUUCUGACUUCAUACAGUCAGAUGAGAAAUCCCACGACAGCGGUUCAGCAAACAGCACAACCUCGCUGGGAGACGUAUCAACCGCCUUACAGACACCGCAGAAGGACAAAAACUCCUCCACUAUCUCCUGCUCACCCUUCACGAGCCCUCUUCACGACAUCACCAACGACACACGCCUCGACCAUUCAUACGAGAAAAAAAAUAAACAAAAUGACUUAAAAAACAAAGUACUGUCGAAUCUGAUAGCAGCGAAAAAAAGUAUGAAAACAUAUGAUGAUGAUGUGACGUUUAUAUCAACCAGUUACGUGAGGGAUUCUGUGACGUCAUCUAAGGAGAAUGAGAGGGUGAUAGAUGAUGACGUCACGAUUAUUGACACCAAGCCGGAGAUCAUAGCGCUGAGCAGCGACGACGAGGAUGACCUGAAGCCCGACAAAAAAUCACCGUCACUGAAAAAGUCGCCAUCCAUCAAGAAGUCUCCAUCAACAAGGAAGUCACCGAAGGCCGAGGAGUCCACGUCCAGAAACGACGGGACCAUGAGGCCGUACCUGGUGCCGCCCAGCUACCCCAACCAAGUGGUGUACGUCAGGAAACAUGUCAGGGAGAAUGAACUGACCAAGCUGAACGGGCUUAAAGAAGACCUGCAGAAUAUUAAGUAUCUCCUGGAAAAUAUGGACAUGGAGACUUUACCAGACGGCGGCGCGCGACUGAUAGAUCGACUGACGGGAUUGGAGCGAGCCGUGCGCGAACAGGGAGACAAGGUCGCCAACAUGGUAGUCGAGCCAGAGAAUCCGUCCAUGGAGGAGAUGUCCCGUGAUGGGCUCAACCGGGAGGGUCUGAGCUGGGAAGAGUUGCAGCAAGCCAGCAACCAGGUGCAGCCGCGCCUCUUCGGCAAGCAGGCGAUGGCGACGCACAUGGCGGAGCGCAACCUGAUCCUGGAGCGGCUGCGCGACCUGCACGAGUCGCUGGCGUCGCGGCCGGGGGAGGGGGCGCAGGCGCAGCCGCCGCGCGGCCUGCGCUCGGCGCUCAUGCCGCACCAGCUGCACGCGCUGGCCUGGCUGCGCUGGCGGGAGACGCAGCGGCCCGCCGGCGGGAUCCUCGCGGACGACAUGGGCCUGGGCAAGACGAUCACGAUGAUCUCCCUGAUCGUCAGCGACAAGGAGUCGCGCGCCGGGGAGGACGACGAGGACGACUACGACGGCAAGAGUACUGGCAAGUUGGCGCGCGGCGGCACGCUGGUGGUGUGCCCGGCGUCGCUGAUGCAGCAGUGGGGCGGCGAGGUGGGCAAGCACUGCGUGCCGCACGCGGCCUCCGUGUGCCUGCACCACGGCGCCGCGCGCGCCACGCAGCCGCACCGCCUGGCCGCGCACGACCUCGUGCUCACUACCUACAACAUCCUGCAGAGGGACAACGAGAAGAACGGCGUCCUAAUGAAGGUGCUCUGGCGCCGCGUGAUUCUGGACGAAGCCCACAUCGUCCGCAACCACAAGUCCGCGACGUCGGCCGCCGUGACGGCGCUGCGCGGCAAGAGGCGCUGGACCCUCACCGGCACGCCGGUACAGAACAAGGACCUGGAUUUGUUCGCCCUCCUCAAAUUUCUCCGGUGCACGCCGUUUGACGAUCUUACCAUGUGGAAGAAGUGGAUCGACAACAAGAGCAUGGGCGGCCAGGAGCGGCUCAGCACGAUCAUGCGCUGCAUCCUGCUCCGGCGCACCAAACUGCAGCUGCAGCAGAAAGGUCAGCUGGACUGCCUGCCCGAGCGCACUGCGCACCUCAAAGAGGUCACGCUCACCAAGGACGAGAUGAACGUCUAUCAGAAGGUGCUGGUGUUCUCCAAGACGCUGUUCGCGCAGUUCCUGCACCAGCGCGCGGAGAAGGCGGCUGACUCCUUAGGAGCCCCUCCCCCUAACGUGGACUCAGCCUACGCCAAGAUGCACAAGAAGAUGAUCGCGCUACAGGGGGCAAAACCAGUAAAGUCCCACGAGAUCUUAGUGCUGCUACUGCGCCUGCGUCAAGUGUGCUGCCACUGCGGGCUGAUAGCGGCCAUGUUGGACGAGGACACCGCCAGCGACGCCAUCGCGCCCGACGAGGGUGGGCAGGACCUCCUGGCUGAACUCAACAAGCUGUCGCUAGAAGACUCGCGCAGCAAGAGGAAGAGCGGCGGCAAGCGUGAGGAGGAACAGGAGGAAGAGGAGGGCCCAGAGCAGGAAGGCACCACGGUCGCGGAGGCCAUCCGCUCCGUGCUGUCCCCCAACAACCCGGUGUUCGCCCUCAGCCGGCAGUCCUCCAAGAUACGGGCCGUCAUGGACUGCCUGCACCAGAACGUGUUCGUACACAAAGAUCACAAAGCAGUAGUGGUGUCGCAAUGGACGUCGGUACUCCGGCUGGUGGAGAAGGAAUUACAUGCGGCGGGGGUGAAGAGUGUGACGCUCAGCGGGAACGUGCCCGUGCCGGCGCGGCCGCCGCUCAUUGACAAACUCAACGACCCCAAAAGUGACGUGCGCGUGAUGCUGCUGUCGCUGUGCGCGGGCGGCGUGGGGCUGAACCUGUGCGGCGCCAACCACCUGCUGCUGCUGGACCCGCACUGGAACCCGCAGCUGGAGGAGCAGGCGCAGGACCGCAUCUACCGCGUCGGCCAGGCCAAGCCCGUGCACAUAUACAGAUUCAUGUGCGUGGAAACAGUGGAGCAGAGUAUCCGGAAGCUGCAGCAAGCCAAGCUCGAGCUGGCGGAGAACGUGCUCACCGGAGCACGGAACACCAACGCCAGCAAGCUUACCAUCGAGGACCUUAAAGUGCUGUUUAAUAUGGGACAGCAGUGACGUGUUUAAAUGAUUUAUAAAAUAUUUUUUAAAGUCACACAGAGGCCGUGUGCGUUCUAGAGGCGGGGGUUUUUGUAAUAUUCUAAAUUUGUAUGUAGAUUCGUAUUUAAAAAAAAAAAACAGUUCCCGCUCCUGAGUGCUUCUAGUAACGCCUCUGUGUAUGGAGACUUAUAAAUGUAUGAAUGGGUGUAUAUUCUUUAGUGUAAACUUAUAAAGUUCCGUCUAAACACUAAAUGCACGAGUAGGAAUUUACGUGUUGCUUCGGUAAUUUGCACAAGCAGAAAUUUAUGUCUUACUCCGCCUACAAUACGGUCACGAGCAUUAAUAUGUAUACACUUUGGUACCAUGUCACAUUAACUUUUUUGA